CUCAACUUCCAAGGUAGUGUAGUACAAGUGUAUUUGAGAAAUCCGCCAUAUUGGAGGCGGCAUUCGUCAUUUUUUCUCAGUAGACCUUUUUUAUAUGAACUUUUCUCAUGUUGUGAUUUUUGUGUGUGAGUUUUUUCGAGAUUUUUUUGUAGAAUUUUGUGUAAAUUUUUUAUCUCAAAUUCAAAUAAAAUUUAUAAUUAACGGGGCACCGCAACAGAGACCUCUAUAAAGGACUUGGCCAAACGCCUGUUGGGGCCCCCUAAUUUCAAGUGCCGGUCCUUUUUUUCUCAAAAAAAUCCGAAAUUUUCCACAAGAGAAAAAAAAAACGAAAGAAAAAAAAAUCCCUUUUUUCACAUCAUCGUCGUCGUCUUCGUUCAUAUAUCGUCGUCGUAGUCGUCUUUUCCUACUUUUUACUUUCUCGUCUCGAUACAAUUCACGAGACUCCCGUUCAAAUUAAAGAAAAGAAAAAAAAAAGUUUCUCGUUUCAUUUCUGGUUUCAUAUAUUUUUUGUCUCUCACGGGAAAAUUUUCUAGCAAUAAAAAAAAAAGUGUAAAUUGGAAAAUUGAAUUUUUCCAAAAAAAAAUCUGAAAGAAAAUUUUUUUUUUCAUAUUUUCUCGAAUGGCAGUGCAUUAAUAAUUUUUUUUUCAUAUUUGGACCUCGCCCGUCAAAUACAUCGUCUUUACGUGUGUGUUGUUCUCGGUUUUGGUUGUGUCGUCGUAUGCGUGCGCACAUACGUAUACGCAAAGAAAAAUCAUAUAUCGCUCUCGUUCUCUCUUUUUCUCAUCAGAGUGACAGAGAUCAAUAGAAAGAGUGUAAAAGAAAUAGAAAUAAACGAUAUAUAUUUUCGUCCUUGUUCGCCAUUUUCGUCCAUUUCGCUGCUGUGAAGAGGAGCACCAGCUUUUACCUCUAUACACACAAUACGUCACGCAUCCAUUGAUAACCGCCGCCAUCGAGCUGUGUGUAUGAAAUGAAACACUGAGAAAAGAACCGUUCUAUACUCCUUGUCGUCGUUGUCGUCCUCCUCAUCCGCAUCCCAAAUUCUCCUAUCUACAAACGAACGGUUUUUGUGUGCUGAUAUACACUACUUCUUCCAUCGAAAUCGAAGAAACAACAUAGAGCAAAAGAGAGGAACAGGAGAUAGAAACGAAAAAUAAAAACCACCCCCAACCCUCUCGUUGUUUUUUUUUUUUUCACUACACCUAACGUCUCUCACACCCUUUCUCUGGGUUUGUGUGUCGUUUUCAUCGUCGUUGUCGGUACUUGACGAAAGAAAAAUCUCAUAUAUUUUUUUUUCUUGUUCUUGUUUCGACAAAAUACGAAGAAAUAAACAAAAAAAAAAAAAAAUUUAAGAAUUCGUGGCCGUUUCUUCUCUUUUUUUUUACACAGUGUCCCCCCAAAUGUAUGUGUGUGUGUACUAAACAAAAUAAUACAAAAAAAAAAAUAGAAAAGAAAAGAAACAAGUGAAAUAUAAAAAAAAAUUAUUUACCGAUAUGACAAAUAAACCGUGUAAAUAAGAAGCAAAAGAGUUUUUUUUUGUUGUUAUUUUUGGUUUUUUUGUUUCGAAUUCGCCCCGAUUUCUCUUGAUUUUGUUUUUUCUCUCAAAAUUUGCUUUAAUUCAUAAUUCAAACGAAUUAGCAAGUGUGCGUGGGGGUGUUCCAAUCCAUGCCAAGUGUGGGGUGAUCCUAGAGGAACAACUCUAACCGUGUUCAUUGUCACACAAGCUAGAUAGACCCAGACUUGAUUCUAAAAAAAAAAAAAAAAAAAACUCCCAAAAGAGGAACAGACACAAGCAGCACAUGUUCUGGAAUGCUAAUCGGAGUGUGUGUCCCUUCGUGUUUGUUGUUGUUGUUGAAGUUAGAGUGUGAUAAGAAAGGAUAAGUCAUUUUUUGAUAAACACACAAAACAACCCACCUAAAACAUAGUUUUGGAUUAAAACUUACAUAACUUGAAAAAUAACAAAAAAUUGGAAAAGUGAUUUUUUUGUGGAACGAAAAUAAACUUUUCAAAUCUUGGAUCGAAAAUACAAUAAACCAAUAAACAAUAUAAAAUUAUAUUGUUAACUGACAACUAUCAGAGAAUUAAAAAAAAUAAAUAAAUAAAAAUAUAGAAAAAAAACAGUGCAUGUUAGAGUGGAACUGCAGAUUGGCGAGGCGAUUUUAUACAACGGGAUAGCGGUAUAUUAAUAUUCAGUUAGCAUGGAGUGCUGUUUAUCUGAAGAGGCGAAGGAACAGAAGCGCAUCAAUCAAGAAAUCGAAAGGCAAUUACGUCGCGACAAACGAGAUGCCAGACGAGAACUUAAAUUGUUGCUACUGGGAACUGGUGAAUCUGGUAAAUCCACCUUCAUCAAACAGAUGCGUAUUAUUCACGGCAGUGGUUACUCCGACGAAGAUAAAAGAGGUUAUAUCAAAUUAGUCUACCAAAAUAUAUUCAUGGCCAUGCAAUCGAUGAUAAAAGCCAUGGAUAUGUUAAAAAUUCAAUAUGGUUCACCAGAAAUGGUUGAAGCUGCUGAGCUGAUAACGUCGAUAGAUUAUGAAACAGUCGCCACAUUUGAAGAUCCCUAUGUCUCAGCUAUAAAGAAUCUUUGGGCGGACGUUGGUAUUCAAGAAUGUUACGAUCGAAGAAGAGAAUACCAACUUACAGAUUCAGCUAAAUAUUAUCUGAUAGAAAUUGAUCGAGUGGCUGGAAAAAAUUACUUACCAACCGAACAAGAUAUAUUAAGGGUUCGAGUACCAACAACGGGGAUCAUUGAAUAUCCAUUCGAUUUAGAAGAGAUACGAUUUAGUUACUUAAGUGAUCUGCCACGUAUCGAGAAACCCGAUUUCUUACCAACAGAACAAGAUAUUUUACGUGCUCGAGUUCCCACUACAGGAAUUCUAGAAUAUCCAUUCGAUUUAGAUGGAAUCGUAUUUAGGAUGGUGGACGUAGGCGGUCAGCGAUCAGAAAGAAGAAAAUGGAUUCAUUGUUUUGAAAAUGUAACUUCAAUUAUUUUCUUGGUCGCUCUCUCAGAGUAUGAUCAAAUUUUAUUCGAAUCUGAAAAUGAGAAUCGUAUGGAAGAAUCAAAAGCUUUAUUUAGAACUAUUAUUACGUAUCCAUGGUUCCAAAAUUCAUCAGUUAUUCUUUUCUUAAACAAAAAAGAUUUGUUAGAAGAAAAAAUUAUGUAUUCGCAUUUGGUAGACUACUUCCCCGAGUAUGACGGUCCACAAAGGGAUGCAAUAGCAGCCAGAGAGUUCAUUCUUCGUAUGUUUGUAGAUUUGAAUCCUGAUUCCGAAAAAAUAAUUUACUCUCACUUUACUUGUGCUACAGACACCGAAAAUAUAAGGUUUGUAUUUGCAGCUGUAAAGGACACAAUUCUGCAGUCAAAUCUAAAAGAAUAUAACUUGGUCUGAACUGGUUUUGGAUCGUUAAAACUAUUUUUGUGAUUAUAAUAUUUUCAUAAUUCCUUUUUUUUUUCAAGAAAAAAAAAAAAAUUAAAAACAAAAAAAAAACCAAACAAAAUAAAAUAUAAUAAAAAAAAAUUUUAAAAAUAUAAAUUUAACAAUUUUAUAACGCAACAAAAUUAUAUUUUAAUUCAUUAUUUUUUUUUUUUUGACAAAACAAUUGAAAGAAGAAAAAAAAAAACAGCAAAAUAAAAGAAGAACUAGGAAUUAAAAAAAAUAACAACAAAAUAUAUAUAUUAUACAUAUAUUAUUAACUAAGUAAAAAAAAAAAAUUAAUUUAUAAAAUGAAACUAAAAAUAUAUAUAAAAAAAAGAGGAAUAAAAAAUAAAUAAAAUCGAACAACAAAAAAUAAUAGGAAAUUAAAACAAAAAAAAAAAACUCGGAUAUUUCUUUUUAUAGUAAAACAAAACAAAAAAAAAAAAACAACAAAGGUUCACUCUAAGAAACAAAGAAUGUGUGUGUUUUUUUUUUAACUAAUCGAGUUAAAAUAAAUAUAAAAAUAAUUAUAAUGAAAUAAAAAUCAUACUGUUACAUACAAAAAAAAAAAAGAAAAAAAGAAUGUCACCAAAACUAAGAAACAAAAAAAGGAUAAUAAAUUGGCUCUACGAUCUACACGUACAUAUUAUUUUUUAAUUAUUUUUGUUUCUAUAAAAGAAAAAAGGAUAAACAAUUGCAUCAUCUUCGUCGUCGUCGAAAAAAAUGGAUCAAAUAAGGAAAAAAUAAAAACAA